AUUUAGUGAUAAUCAAAAGAAACCAUAGAACUAAAUUAUCUGAAAUAAUUUGACGUUGACGUUUAAACAAAAUGACAACCUACUGACAUACUUCACCGAUAUAUUUAUACUUAUAUGUUUUUAUUUAAAAUCAAUUUGAAAUUUAUGAAAAAAAUAAACUUGUUGUUAGUUCCGAGAAUAAUAAAAAGAACGUUCAGUGUUGGAACUUACAAAAUGGUGAAAUUAAUCGGACAAAAAGAAGCUCAGUCAAUAGAUAUGGAACUUUUCGAUGAAUAUUCUUUUUCUGUUGACCAAUUAAUGGAAUUGGCAGGUUUAAGUUGUGCUGUAGCUAUUGCUAAAACUUACCCACACUCGGCUAUCAAUAAUAAAUCUAUAUUGGUGUGUUGUGGUCCUGGUAACAAUGGAGGAGACGGUCUAGUUUGUGCUAGACAUUUGAAGCUUUUCGAUUACAAACCGAUCGUGUAUUACCCUAAAAGAUCCGAUAACAAACUUUAUAAUAAUUUAACCAAACAAUGUACUUUGAUGAAUAUACCGGUGAUUCAAAAUUUAUCUGAAAAAUCUACUGAAUUCGGUCUCGUCGUCGACGCUCUUUUUGGUUUUAGUUUUAAACCCCCGGUUAGGAAUGAUUUCAUACCAAUAAUGGAUUAUUUGAAGCAGACUACAGUACCGAUAGCGAGCAUUGAUAUACCAAGUGGAUGGGAUGUAGAAAGUGGUCCGCCGGAAGGGGGCAUCAAACCAGAUAUGUUGAUUUCUCUUACUGCUCCAAAAAAGUGUGCAGAGCAUUUUAAAGGGAAAUAUCAUUAUUUAGGUGGUAGAUUCGUACCUCCUAAGCUGGAGGAAAAAUAUAAUCUACAAUUACCUAAAUAUCCUGGUACAGAAUGUUGUGUACUUCUUACCGAAACUUGUAAAGAUUCUGAAGUGAAAUGUACAAAAAACUGAUAGAAAAUUGUUUUUUUGUAUUAAAUAAGAUGUAAACGUUAUUUUUUGACUCAAUUAAAUAUUGUUGAAAA